ACUGUCCAAAAGGUCUUUUAUAAGAAGCACUGAUUGGAUCUCACAGCACUGAGAGAAACGCAGGUGACGAGUCACAGACAAGAUCAACACAUGAAAGCAAUUCUUAGGAGAUUUUUGACAAGAUGAGAACAUUACUCUUGCUGGUUCUCACCAUAACAGCUUCUGUAGCUUCUGCCAGUCCACCAGUUCAGGAUGAGAAGCUUCCUGAUCAAGUAGUGAAGGUGCCAGUGGUUGAAAAAGAUCCAGCGGUAGAGCACACAGAAGCAGAGCAAGGUCCUCUGAUGCAGGAUGAAGCUAUUGCAGAUUCACGUAUGUUGGAGCCUGAUUCAGUGCUGCUGGGGCCAGAGACAACAGAGGAACACAUAGUACCAGAAGUGAUGCUGGAGGAACCCAUGCUCGAGGCAGAUUACCUGAUUGAAGAGAUGCCAGAGACAGAACUAGAGCCUGAGACAGAGCCAGAAAAAACUGUCAUUCAGAUGAACAGUAAGAUCACACUUGUGGAGGAAUCUGUACUACAGUUAGAGUCUGAACGUAUUAUAGAUGUGGAAGAUAAAAAAGAAGAAAAUGCAGAAGAGGAGGAGCCUACACUCGAGGCUGAGUAUAUAGUGGUUGAAGAACCAGAAAUACAAAUGGAACUUGGCAGGGAAAGACGAAGGACACCGAUUGGGAGAUGGACUUGUGGAGGAGUUGUCCUACAGGGCAAAUGUUACCAGUACUUCACCAGAAACCUUGAUGCCUAUACUGCUGAGAUACAAUGUCAAUCUAUCUGCCCCAAUGGCCACCUGGCCUCUGUGACAAGCAGCUACAUUCGUGACGGUAUGGGCAAGUUAAUAGAGCAGUAUGGCAGGGGCAUUCGUGCAUGGCUUGGAGGACGAAGAAUCAUUGGUACAAAUAAUUUCGUUUGGUUGGAUGGAAUGCAGUGGAGCUAUAAUGGCUGGGCUUUUGGAGAGCCCAAUAAUGCUGGUGGGACGGAGAACUGUGUGGAGACAUGGAAUGAUCUGGCGUUCAGGGAUGUACCAUGCACAAUACCCAAACCGUUCAUCUGUUCCUGUCCAGUUUAGACAGCAAGAAGGUUAACCUAACCUGCUAUACAGUAACAUUUCUGAAAAAAGUGUAAAUAAUAAUAAUUAAUGUUAU